AUCUCCGAACUUUGCAUCUCUGCCUGUCACGGUUGCGGUGGUGGAGGGGCUGGUGUUGAAAGGUGAAAAGUUGAAGGGGGCCAUCGGGGCAGCCGUGGUAUUAGGAGGGCUGGCCGUGGUCGGCAUCAUUGCUAUUCUAAUUUACAACUGGAAUCUUAUCGCAAGAGUUCGAUCCUGGUGGCAUAUGCCGGGACUGAAGCCAGCGUUGAAGGAUCUUGAAAAGAUAACUUUUGUGGUGGACACUAGCUAUAGCAAAAACCAUGACAUUAACAACAACAACAACAACAACGAUAGUAAUAGUAAUAAUAAUAAAAUUAACAAUUUUUCACUCCCCAACCGGCACGAACACACAAAUGGUGAUCGUCAUCUCGUCAACAAAAACAAAAGAAACCCGUUGUAUGACGUCAGAGGAGACUGUGGAGUGCCAAUUAUAUUUGUUGAAAAACUUCCCAACACAGAACUGGAGGUAGAACCAUCAUCAUCAUUACUUUUGUCAUCAUUAUCAUCACUUAAAUCUUCUUUAUCAUUAUCAUCGUCGUCGUCAUCGUCAUCAAAAAUAUCGUCAUCAUCACCUAGAGCUAGUUGUGCUGUAGUACCACCCCCAUUGCUCAAAGCUUUCAGAAGUGAUUGUAAUGAUUGCAAUAGUGAUAAAUGCAAUGAUAACGGCAAUGAUAUUAACCUUAAUUAUAAUCGUCGUCGUCUUCAUCAUUCUCAUGGCAUCCACAUAAAUAAUGAUGUCAAAGAUGAAGAAGUUUUUGGUUAUGCAGAUAUGGCCAGUGACAAAAACAAAAUCAUCACAAAAGUUACCAUUGAUGGUUGUGAUAACGGUGAGGACGAUGAUGAUGACGACGAUGAUGAUGAAGAAGAAGAUGACGAAAAAUAUGAUGACGACGACGACGAUGAAGAAGAAGAUGACGAAAAAUUUGAUGACGACCACGAUGAUAUUAGUGAGAUUAAAGAGAGUGAUGCUGAUAGCAGCUUUAGUGAUCAAAACAUAGACAAAUUUAUUUCAGAGAAAUGUAACCACAUUGUGGGUGACAAUGUGCAGCGGCAGUUACUCAAAGAGCCUUUGAAGUUUAAUUCACCUCAAAACAGAAGCUUCAAGGAGGUCACGAAAAACAACAAAAUUUUUUUUAAUGAUUGCAAUCACAAUAAUACCAGCAAUAACAUUAACUGCAACAACGACAACUGCAACAACAGUGUUAACAUCAACAACACCAACAACCGUGAUUUCAGUAGCAAACAUUUUAAAAAUAACUUACCCGUAGCGAACAACGCAUUCAACAUUAAUAACAUCAACAAACAAUCUGAAGACAAAUGUCACAAUAAAAAACGCAAUUUCUUCUACGGUGAAGACAACCAUUCAAAUCAUUCAGGCUACGACAUUUACGAAGAUGACAGAAGCGAAGAUGACGAGAAUGACUCCAAUGACACUAACUGUGAUGUCAAAAUUAACGACGGCUACCAUGACAUGAAGUCAAUUUAAAAUUUUCUCAUUUCAUUUUGGCCGUCUUGAGCACAUUUAUAUAUACAACAAUCAAGCAGACAUUUUUAUUUUAAUAUCUCAAUAAUUACUUAAUUGAACCGUGAUAUAGCCUUCAUUGUUAUAUUUAUAUUAAUGUCACUGCAUUAUGAUAAUUUAUAAAUAAAAUAUGUCCUAAUUAGUUAAUGAGCACACAUCAAAUCGGAGAGUAGCUAUUUAAAUUUUGAAACGAAAUGAAUAUUCAUUAAAUGACGUAAAAGAUUCGAUUAACGAAUAUUACAAACCUGUUAACAGUUAUUGUUCAAUACUUUCAAACAAGACAAUUUGUUUCGAAAUAUUGAACUUCCAUUAAUUUUAAAAUUAACUCAAAAUGUAACUUAGCAUAUAUAAAUAUAAAUUUUGCAAAUAUUGUUAUUAUUAAUGUUAUUAUUAAUGCAGUUUAACGGCGUUUCAGCGCUACUGGCUAUCUUUACGCCCUUUUUUCUUUUGAAACAAAAUUGUCUUAGGGUUCUUUUGAGCUUUUUUCAAAUAUUUCUAUAUUCUGUCGAGUAUUUUUAUUUCCUGAAGAUAUGUUAUUAGAUUAUUGAUGUUUUCUUUCUUGAAAAUUUUUUCAAUAUCUGAGGGGAUCUGAUAUAUUGGUUAUAUGAAAUUAAUACAAUUUGAAAACUUUAGCAAUUUUAUUUAAAGAUUCAAAAGUAAAUUUUUUGCAAA